AUGGCAUCCCUUAGCGAAGGGCUAUUCAAGUCCCUCCCGGCACCAAAGUACACAGGUGAAAAUGAGGAGCUUCCAGCACACGCCCAACGACGCGGACCAAGGGUGAUAGGUGCUGAUGCGAUUGAUGAGACUCAGCUAGUGGUGAAGAGGACUGGCCCGCCACCGUACGGAAAACGCGCAGGAUGGAGACCACGGUCAUUGGAAGAUUUUGGAGAUGGCGGCGCAUUCCCUGAGAUUGCUGUUGCUCAGUACCCCCUUGAUAUGGGCCGCAAAGAUGCGCCGAACAAGUCGAAUGCUUUGGCCCUGCAAGUCGAUGCUGAGGGUAAAGUGAAAUACGACUCCAUAGCAAAGCAGGGCCAUAACGAAAACAGAAUCGUACACGCAUCGUUUAAAGAUCUAAUUCCAUUACGACAGAGGGUAGAUAUGGGGGAGAUAUCAUUAGACAGGCCAUCACAGGAGGAGGUUAAUGCGCAAAUGGAAAAAACAAAGGCUGCCCUGGAGAAACUGGUUACCGGAGCAGUUUCAGCUCAGAAGCCAAAGAACGUCGCCACAGGAAAGAGGAGCGAGCCUACAUUUGUCCGAUAUACCCCUGCAAACCAGAUGGGCAACACCAACCGCAAGAAUGAUCGGAUUAUGAAAAUUGUAGAAAAGCAAAUUGAUCCUCUUGAGCCCCCCAAAUUCAAACAUAAGAAAAUUCCAAGGGGCCCGCCGUCACCACCUCCACCAGUUUUACAUUCUCCUCCCAGGAAACUUACUGCUGAAGAUCAAGAAGCGUGGAGGAUCCCCCCACCGGUAUCAAACUGGAAAAAUCCAAAGGGUUACACGGUCCCUCUUGAUAAACGAUUGGCGGCCGAUGGAAGGGGGUUGCAAGACGUUUCCAUUAAUGAUAAAUUUGCCCAGUUCGCAGAAGCCUUGUUCACUGCUGAUCGACAUGCUCGUGAGGAAGUGAAACAACGAGCACAGAUGCAACAGAAACUGGCUGAGAAGGAAAAGGCCAAGAAAGAAGAGCAUCUACGGCAGCUUGCUCAGAAAGCAAGAGAGGCUAGAGCUGGAGCGUCGAGCAGCCGUAAUGAGUCCCGCGCCAGAUCCAGAUCUCGCAGUGGUAGUCGAAGCCCUUCGCCUUAUUCUUCUAGAUCACCUAGCCCAGACGGGGAAGACGAAGCUGUACGAGAACGUGAGAGGAGACGCCGCGAAAGACGCCAGGAAGAUGAAAGGAAGCUACGCCAAUCCAGAAUGGGCGCCGAACGCCGUGUUCAGGUUAUGGCUCGGGAGCAGAACCGAGAUAUAUCCGAAAAGAUUGCUUUGGGAUUGGCAAAACCGACACAGAGCAAGGAGACUAUGUACGAUUCUCGACUGUUCAACCAGACCAGUGGCUUGCAGAGCGGUUUCAAUGAGGAUCAACCGUAUGACAAGCCUCUUUUCGCUGCACAGGACGCUAUUAAUAGCAUAUACCGUCCUCGCGCUCAAAUGGACGAUGAAGAUGAAAAUGCUGGAGGAGCAGAAAUGGAUCGGAUAAACAGAGGCGGUCGCUUCGAGGUGCUAGGGCGUGCUAAGGAAGGUUUCAAAGGAACUGAGGACGCUGAGGCUCGCGAAGGCCCUGUCGAGUUUGAAAAGGAUACUGCAGAUCCCUUUGGUAUCGACGGAAUGAUUGCUGAAGUUACCGGAGGUCAAUCCGCUGGUGGACAGAAACGAUAUGGCAUCCAGGAGGCGGAGUCUAGCCAGCGAGGAUCAAAGAGAGCCCGCGUAGAAGAUGAUGACGAUGAAGACCGUGACCGAAGGAGAUAA